AUGAAUAAGGCGGCUGGCGGGGACGAGCUCGCAGAACUCUUCAGUCUGAUCCCGGACCUUCUGCAGGUGACCAACACUAGCGGCCACGCGUCGCUGCAGCUCCAGGACUUGUCGUGGGAGCUGGGGCUAGAGUUGCCGGCCGGGGCGGUGCCAGGGCAUCCCCCGGGGGGCCGCGGGGCAGAGAGCGCGGACACCGAGGCCCGGGUGAGGAUCCUCGUCCGCGUGGUGUACCGGGAGGUUUGCGCGUUGGGGCUGACGGGCAACCUCCUGGUGCUCUACCUGAUGAAGAGUAAGCAGGGCUGGCGCAAGUCCUCCAUCAACCUCUUCGUCACCAACCUGGCGCUGACGGACAUGCCGUUCGUGCCCACCCUGCCCUUCUGGGCUGUGGAAAACUCCCUCGACUUCAGAUGGCCUCUUGGCAAGGCCACGUGUAAGAUCGUAUCCACAGUGACGUCCAUGAACAUGGGCGCCGGCGUCUUCUUUCUCACCGCCACGAGCGUGGCGCGCUACCACUCGGUCGCCUUGGCUCUUAAGAGCCACCGGACCCGAGGGCAGGGCCGGGGUGACUGCUGCGGCUGGAGCCUGGGGGACAGCUGCCGCUUCUCGGCCAAAGCCCUGUGCGUGUUGAUCUGGGCCUCGGCCGCGCUGGCCUCGCUGCGCAAAGCCGUCUUCUCCAAGGUGAUGGGCGAGGAGCGGUGCCUGGUGCGCUUCCCGGACAAGUUGCUAGGCCGCGACAGGCAGUUCUGGCUGGGCCUCUGCCACUUGCAGAAGGCGCUGCUGGGCUUCGUGCCGCCGCUGGGCGCCAUCAGCCUGUGCUGUCAACUGCUGGUGCACUUCAUCUCCGAUCACCGCGUGGCAGGGACCCAAGUAGGAGCCUCAGCCGCUGGGGGAGGCCUGGCCAGAGCCAGCGCCCGGAGGCGCUCCAAGGCCACCAAAUCAGUGACCGUCGUGGUCCCGUCCUUCUUCCCGUGUUGGUUGCCUAAUCAGGCACUCACCACCUGGCGCAUCCCCAUCAGGUUCAACGCGGUGCCCUCCAGCCGAGAGUACUUCGUGUGCCACGUAUACGCGUUCCCGGUGAGCGUGUGCCUGGCGCACUCCAGCAGCUGUCUCAACCCCAUCCUCUACUGCCUCGCGCGCCGCGAGUUCCGCAAGGCGCUCGAGAAUCUACUGUGGCGCCUCGCGUCGCCUUCUCUCACUGGCAUGCUCCCUUUCGCCGCCGCCACCAAGCCGGAGCCCGAGGACCAGGGCCGGCAGGCCCUGGCGCUUCUCCACCAGGCCGCGGAGCCCGACAUGCUCUACUAUCCGCCCGGCGUGGUGCGGAUUAGGGGAUUGGUCUACAGCGGGGGGCGCUACGACCUGCUGCCCAGCAGCUCCGCCUACUGACGCAGGCUGAGCCCCGGGGUA